AUGACAUGCAAUUUUGCAACAACGCGAGCUAAGUCAGAGCCGCGAGUAUGCAUAGUCGAGGAGAAGUCUAUAGCGGCGCUGCUGUUGCUUCGCGAGUCCUUGGCUCGGGAAACUAUAUAAAGAGAGCGUUUAAUUGGCCGGCUGGGCAUAGCAUUUUUCAAGCGUGCAGCCGCUGCGUCUGUGUCCGCGAGGAUUUUGUUUAAACUUGUUAAUAACAAAAAAAAAUAUAUAUAUAUAUCGAUAUAACAAUGUCGCCGUCGAGGCAGAUCUGCGCGCUCGUCUGCGCGGUCAUAGUGGCCCAGGUGACCGGUGCCGAGGAAGUGCUUCUGCCUAGGAGCGUCAAGACCUGCCAGCACGAGUCCAGCGAUUACUCGUCCUGUCUCAGACUCGCCAUCCAGGAGUCAUGGAUGACCUUCGUCAAAGGUAUCCCCGAGCUGGGCCUGCCGGUCCUGGACCCGAUGGUCGUGGACAUGAUGGAGAACGAGUACGUGGCCGGUGAGGUCCAGGGUAGAUUCGUCCUGCGCGACGUCAAGACCUACGGUUUGGCCAAGGCCAACUUCCUCGCGGUCAGACCUUACCGCAGCGACAACGUCAUGAACUUGGAGAUCGACCUCGAGAUACCCAAGAUUUUCAUAGACGGUGACUACAAGGCCGAGGGACAGGUCGCUCAUUACAAGAUCGGCGGCAAGGGUUAUUUCAACAUUAGCAUGGAGGGCAUCAGCGUCACCUGGGGCAUCGAAGGACGAAUCCAAGACGACCGAUGGUCCAUCCAACACUUCCACGUCUACCCGGAGGUCCAGCAGAUGAAGGUUUACUUCGACGACCUGUUCAACGGCAACGAGGAGAUGAACAAAGUCGCCAUGAACUUCGUUAACGAGUACUGGCCGGUACUCUACAAGGGCAUGUUACCGACGGUCGAGAAGCACUGGGAUUACCACCUUACCGACUUCGUUAACCGACUGAUCUUCUCCCAGAUCUCCGCUUCCAAGGUCUUCCCUUGAAUUUCCUCAACUCGUCACUUUUCUAAUGCCAGCGGCUGUCGAAUAGAUUUUCACCAAAACGUAGACAAGGAUGGAACGAGCAGACGAGCUGAGAAAUUGCGUAUUGCGAGGGGACAUGACGAUGAUUGUUUUUGAGAGUACAAUGAUGCCAGUACUUGCUGUAAAUAUAGAAAUAAAAAUUUUCUUCCGUUCAA